UUUUACUUAUAUUAAUUUUAUGACAUUUCACCUGAAAACUUUUAGUAAGGUUCCUUCUAAUGAUUUGUAUCAAGACAUUUUAAAAUAUCAUUUAGUAGCAAAUCGACAACCAAAUUUAAUAAUCUUACGUAUUGAUUCAAUAAUGAGCAAGCAAUGCUCAUUUGUUCCUGGAUUCAAGGAACAAAGAAAACAAAUUUAUUAUGAAUUUCGAUUGCUUACUCGUGAGAGUCGUGAUGGAUUUAAUAGAGAAAUAUUUCAUACAGUGUGUGAUAAAGAAUACCCUACAAUUACAAUUAUGAGAUUGCAAAAUGAAACAUUAGCUAGGAAAACUUUAAGAGUUUUCUUUUUAGUAUAGGUAAAGAAAUAAUUUAUCUAGAGUUCAAGAUUAUAAUAAGGCUAUAUACCAAAAUGUGGAUGGUCCAAAAUUUUAAUGAGUUAAUGUUUUU